GCAGCGCGGGCGCGGGCGAGCGGGGACUCCGGGCGGGCGGGCGGCGGCAGCGGCGCCCCGCGCAGGCUGGAGGCCGCCGAGGCUCGCCAUGCCGGGAGAACUCUAGCUCCCCCAUGGAGUCGGCCGACUUCUACGAGGCGGAGCCGCGGCCCCUGAUGAGCAGUCACCUCCAGAGCCCCCCGCACGCGCCCAGCAGCGCCGCCUUCGGCUUCCCCCGGGGCGCGGGCCCCGCGCAGCCCCCAGCCCCACCUGCCGCCCCGGAGCCCCUGGGCGGCAUCUGCGAACACGAGACGUCCAUCGACAUCAGCGCCUACAUCGACCCGGCCGCCUUCAACGACGAAUUCCUGGCCGACCUGUUCCAGCACAGCCGGCAGCAGGAGAAGGCCAAGGCGGCGGCGGCCGCGGCCCCGGCGGGCGGCUGCGGCGGCGACUUUGACUAUCCGGGCGCCCCCGUGGGCCCCGGCGGCGCCGUCAUGCCCGGGGGCGCUCACGGCCCGCCCGCCGGCUACGGCUGCGCGGCGGCCGGCUACCUGGACGGCAGACUGGAGCCUCUGUACGAGCGCGUCGGGGCGCCGACGCUGCGGCCGCUGGUGAUCAAGCAGGAGCCCCGGGAGGAGGACGAAGCGAAGCAGCUGGCCCUGGCCGGCCUCUUCCCCUACCAACCGCCGCCGCCGCCGCCGCCGGCGCACCCGCACCCGCCCCCCGCGCACCUGGCCGCCCCGCACCUGCAGUUCCAGAUCGCGCACUGCGGCCAGACCACCAUGCACCUGCAGCCCGGCCACCCCACGCCACCGCCCACGCCCGUGCCCAGCCCGCACCCGGCGCCCGCUCUCGGCGCUGCGGGCCUGCCGGGUCCAGGCGGCGCGCUCAAGGGGCUGGCGGCUGGGCACCCCGAUCCCCGCACGGGCGGCGGCAGCGGCUCGGGUAAGGCCAAGAAGUCGGUGGACAAGAACAGCAACGAGUACCGGGUGCGGCGGGAACGCAACAACAUCGCGGUGCGCAAGAGCCGCGACAAGGCCAAGCAGCGCAACGUGGAGACGCAGCAGAAGGUGCUGGAGCUGACCAGUGACAAUGACCGCCUGCGCAAGCGGGUGGAACAGCUGAGCCGCGAACUGGACACCCUGCGGGGCAUCUUCCGCCAGCUUCCUGAGAGCUCCUUGGUCAAGGCCAUGGGCAACUGCGCGUGAGGCGCGCGCGCGGAGGCGGGACUGCCCUGGGCCGGCUCUUGGCCGGGGGCUUGGGAGGCAUCUGGGGAGUGAUUUCGGGUCCCCAGGUCUCCAGGCCGCCCCCCUCCCCUCACCGGGCCGUGCAAGCCAGGACUAGGAGAUUCCGGUGCCGACCAAAAGCCCGGCCCGCUGGACGCCUCCCCCUCCCUCCGCGCCGGACUUGGUGCGUGUUGAGACGAGGGGAUCGGGCAGUGGUUUCUUCCCGUGGGAGAGGAAGAGUUCUCCGGGGGCUGAGCUGGAGCCCAGCAAACUCCGGGAUUCAGGAGUAACCUUGUGCCUUGGAAAUGCAAACUCCUGCUCCAGUUCCUACCGAGUAGGGGAGCAAAUACGUGCCUUGUCAUUUUACUUGGAGGGUUUCUGCCGCCCCUGAGACAGCAGCGGCCCCCGUGAGAGGGGGCAGGCCCGGGCGGGAGGAGUGUACAGGGAGCAGCCAGUCCUAGCUAGACCUCAGCGUCGGCCCUCAGAGGGGAGCAAACAUGGGGAUCUGGGGCUCUGAGCCUAAGGUGGUUCCCCUAGUCAUAAUGAAGUUGAAGGGUCCCUAGUUCCUCACCUACCCCUCCUGCAGCAGGCUUGGCUUCCCGGAGCAGCGCUUACCGAGACGGGGGUCAUCAGGUUUCAGGGAGCCCCUCCAACCCCAUUCAGACCACCCAGCCAGGACGGGUGUUGGAGGGAGUGUUGGCUUGGCGGAAGAACCUGGAGAUCUGGUAGUGGGGUGUGGGGUGGGGUGCAGAGACCGGGGGCCCAGCCUUGUCUGUACCGUGCAGACAUGAAGUGCAGUCAGCCCAUCCCAGAGGGACCAGGGCCGUGACAAACUUUCCAAAUAUUCUGCUUUAUCAGCCGAUAUCUUGUAUCUAGCCUCUCUCCGACCGGGCGCUGCCUUGUGCAGUGUCCGUGUGCACGUCUAUGCUCCACCACCAUUGUAUUUGGUUUUUGUUUGGGUUUGGUUUUGCUCAGAUACUUGCCAAAAUGAGACUCUUGGUUGGCCGCUGGGGGAAGGCUCUGAGGUUCUCUUUCCUUCUGGUUUGGGGGUUGCUUUUGCUCCUGGGGGACCAAUGAGGUGAGGUGGGCGUCCCCUUCCCCCCCUCCCCUGGCUCUCCCUGGCUGCAGCUGUGAGCCCCAGCCCUGAGGCCCCGGGCUCCUGGUCUGGAAGGGCAGCGGCCUCUGGCCAGGGCGUGCACGUCGCUGGGGCCGGCAGCAGAGCAGGAAGGCUUGGUUCUCUUCCUCUGGGGAGAACAUGGAGUUUCAUGCUAGAAGUUUUAUGUAUUAUGUCUAUAAUAUAAACAUAUCAAAGUCAA